AAUCUGUUGACGUGCCGGUCGAGGAAAGGUCGUCAGCGCCUGCGUUAUCAAUAUUCUGUCCUUGUUUUCAUAACUAGUCAUUUGGAAAAAUUCAUGGAUACGAUAGCGAGAUAGCCCUAAUUUAAACCAUUCUGUCUAUUUGGGUCUGUUUUUCGUGAAUACAAUAUCCGUCCAAAAUCAAAAUGCGUGCUCUUCUCGCAAUGUGUAUGGUGUUUGUCGGCUGCUGUAGUAAUGUCGUGUUCCUGGAACUUAUUGUCAGUGAAAUCCCCAGUGCUGCCAACAUCAUCACAUUCUGCCAGUUUUUCUUCAUCAGUAUUGAAGGGUUUAUUUUCACAACUAAAUUUGGAACGAAAGCCUCUGUGAUCCCCCUCAGAGAGUACAAGAUUAUGACCUUCAUAUAUUUGGUGACGGUGGCUUUACACAACAUUCUUCUCAUCUACAAAGUGCCUAUACCCAUUGUAGUGCUUUUAAAAAGUGGAUCCCUUGUUGCCAACUUGAUUCUAGGAAUAAUUAUAUUGAAGAAAAGAUACAAAUGGAGCAAGUAUGUGUCAGUAGCUCUUAUUACUGUCGGCUUAGCAGUAUGCACAGUGUCCUCUGCCAAGCAAGCGACUGACAACCCAGGUCACACAGGAGAUGCUGCCCAUGACUACCUCAUGUGGCUUGUGGGUAUAGGUAUGCUGUCCUUCGCCCUGUUUAUGUCUGCAUGGAUGGGAAUUUUCCAGGAACAGACAUACACCAAAUUUGGAAAACAUCCCUCAGAAGCACUCUUCUACAAUCAUGCCCUGCCGAUGCCGUUCUUCCUGCUGUUGGCAUCCAAUAUCUACAGCCAUGUCCACAUCUUCAAUCAAUCAGCUCCCAUGGUGAUGCCAGUCCUGGGCAUAACUGCCCCCAAGAUGUGGAUUUACUUGCUCUUCAACACACUCACGCAAUAUGUAUGUAUUAGAUCUGUGUUUGUGCUGACGACGGAGUGUACGUCGUUGACGGUGACACUGGUGGUGACGUUGAGGAAGUUUGUCAGCCUCAUCUUCUCCAUCAUAUACUUCAGGAACCCCUUCACUUUAUACGACUGGUUUGGGACUUCCUGUGUGUUUGUCGGAACUCUCUUGUUCACGGAAGUAAUCUCAUUAGGCGGUCAGAAGAAAACAGAAAAGAAGCAACAAUAAUGAAAAAGGACUCUAGGCAUUUGUUGAAUACAGUCAAACGUUGUUGUGUCAGACUUUGAUGUGUCGAACCUACGCUUGUCUCGAAGCUUGGUCCCUGCUAAUUCCUUAUUUAUUUAUCACCGGAUAACUCGAAGUAUUUACAUCGGUCCCUUCAACUUCGACACAACAGUGUUCGACUGCAUGUUGUUUCUGAAUGAAUCUUAUGCAUCUAUCUUUCAUACAGAAUGUCAUUAGCAACCUGCAAAAUGAAGAAAGUUUUGUGGGAAUUUGAUUUCUGUCGCCAUUGCUGAUUUUUCUUGUUUGAACUGCACACAAAUCCUUGACAUUAGAGAGUAUUCUUCGAUGGACUUCUUCCAAAUGACCCUUGGGAAUUCUUUUGACACAUAUCAAGGUCAAAGGUCAAGGUAAUGAGAUAGAAAAAGUCUCAAGAAUGCAUUUACUUUGAGGACAGGACAACGAAUUAAACAACCUGAUUGGGGUAGGGCAGUUGGGGUGG